AUGGGUCCAGGACCGGGAAAGACACGAGUGGCCCGAGGCCGCGCUCGGGGGCCGGGGGCUGAAAGGCAAGGCGCAGGCCGCCAUGUUCCCGCCUCACCACGCCCGGGCGGCCAGCCAGCAGCCGCAGGUCGGCGGCAGCCUGGGCCCGCAGCAGCAGCCGUCCACCGGCCCCGCGCCGCCCCGCCGCCGGCUGUGACCGCUGCGUCCGCGGGCCUCGCCGAGGGCGCGGGAGAAGGAGGGGUCCGCAGUCCCAACCGGGAGCCGCGCGGGCGAAGCGAGAGCCGCACCGGGAGGGAGGCGCGCCGCGGCGGCUGGAGCCCAGGGAAGCCUUCCAGGAGGGGCCGGGCGGCGCCGCCUCCGCUCCCCUCCUCCCGCGCCCGCUCCUCCUCCUCCUCCUCCCUCCUCUCCGCUCCGCGCCUGGCAAUCGGGGCCGGGGGUGGGCGUCUGGCAGAGGCGGAGGCGGAGGCGGAGGCGGAGAGCGCGCGGCGGCCGGCGAGCCGGGUUUGCGCGCGAGCCGAGCCCAGCCGAGCGGUGGGCGCGGGCAGGGCCGAGGGCGCCCGGGAGCCGUGUCAGGCGGCGGCCGGGCGCGGGGAGCCGUCGGCGGCCGCUUGCUGCGUGAAAGCCCCGGUGGAUGUGCUCUCGUCGUGGGGGCGUAUAGCUGAGGGGAGGCGCGGCGACAGCGGCGGAGCAGGGGGCGAGGCGGGCCGCCCGUUCCCGGGGAAGGAGGAGGCGCGGGCGUCUGUGCGAGGCCGGGCGCGGCGGCCUUUUCUCGCGCGCCCCCCCGAGCCAGCGCCCGCGGCCGCCUCCUGCUCCCGCCUCGCUCCUCCGGGCGGCCCAAGUCGCCGGCUCCGCCGAGCCCCCGGCCCGCCUGGUGGCCCCGGCCCUGGCCGCCACCCCCGCGGCGGUUCCCCGAGCUCUUCCCGGACGCGCGCCCGGGCGGCGGGGGCUCCGCGGCCACCGCUGCCUCGGGGGAGCGAGGGCGGGAGGGUGUGUGUGCGCGCGUGUGAGCAGGGGGUGCCGGCGGGGCUGCAGCGGAGGCACUUUGGAAGAAUGACUCUGGAGUCCAUCAUGGCGUGCUGCCUGAGCGAGGAGGCCAAGGAAGCCCGGCGGAUCAACGACGAGAUCGAGCGGCAGCUCCGAAGGGACAAGCGGGACGCCCGCAGGGAGCUCAAGCUGCUGCUGCUCGG